UUUGCAUAUGUGCGUUUGUGUGUCUGCAUGUGAGUCAGCAUCCUCAGCACCUGGGACAUUACCUCCGCUCUCCACAGGGGAAGCUGCUUCGCCGACACUGUUUGCCGAUCAAGGCUUCGAGCCACAAUCUUUGCGGGUGUGUAAGAGAGGAGAGGGAGGUCAACAUGGGCUCCAGCUCCUCCUCCUAUGCCCCUAAAACCGUUUACCUGGAUGUGGAUGGGAAAGUGCAAAAGGUGGUGUUCAGUCGGCAUUGCAGCCCAUGUGACAUCAAGGAGCUUCUGUGUACCUCGUCUAACAUUCCCAGGCACACUGCCAUCAUGAUGGUGGACCCAGAAGGAGCCUUGGUCUCCAUGGAUCCCACCAUGCCCCCCAACUCUCCUAACUCUCUGUACAAAGUUGUCCCUCUGUCUACUGGUCAAGUUGGAGAAAAGGAAGACAUGUUUCAGAACGUGUUGACCCAGGUGGCUGAUCAGUUCAGCAGAGCCUUUCGCAUCAACGAGUUGAAGACUGAGGUCACCAACAGGCUAGCAAUGCUGGAGAAGAGAGUGGAAUUGGAGGGCCUGAAGGUGGUGGAGAUUGAGAAGUGUAAAAAUGAUCUGAAAAAGCUACGAGAUGAGAUGGCUUCAAGAGGUUGCAGAGUAAACUGUACAUGCAAAUACAACUUCGAUGAUGGGAAAAAGGUCACUCCUAGACGAGAUGUCUCCAAUUACCCAAAGUACACACUGUCUCAGGAGACUAUUGAAGCGCUCAAGAAGCCAACGUUCGAUGUCUGGCACUGGGAACAUAACGAGAUGUUAAGUUGCUUGGAGUAUAUGUACCAUGACUUGGGACUGGUGAAGGAAUUCAACAUGAACCCCAUCACACUCAAACGCUGGCUGUUGGCGAUUCAGGAGAACUACCGUAACAACCCUUUCCACAACUUUCGACAUUGCUUCUGCGUUAGUCAGAUGAUGUAUGGCAUGAUUAACCUCUGCAACCUCCAGGAGAAGAUGACUCUCACAGAUAUGGGCAUUCUAAUGACAGCUGCAGUUUGUCAUGACCUGGACCACCCUGGCUACAACAACACGUACCAAAUCAACGCCCGCACAGAGCUGGCGGUGCGCUACAAUGACAUAUCUCCGCUGGAGAACCACCACUGUGCUGUGGCCUUCCAGAUCCUUUCUCUUCCCGAGUGCAAUAUUUUUGCAAACGUGGAUUCUGAGGCCUUCAAACAGUUCCGACAAGCAAUUAUCACCCUCAUUCUGGCUACCGACAUGGCCAGACAUGGAGAGAUACUAGAAUCCUUUAAGCAGAAAGUGGACAGCUUUGACUUCACCAACGAGGAGCAUGUGACAUGUCUGAAGAUGGUUUUGAUCAAGUGUUGUGACAUUUCCAACGAAGUGAGGCCAACUGAGGUAGCUGAGCCAUGGGUGGACUGCUUAUUGGAGGAGUACUUCAUGCAGAGUGACAGGGAGAAGUCUGAGGGUCUCCCUGUGGCUCCCUUCAUGGACAGAGACAAAGUCACCAAACCCACUGCUCAGAUCGGAUUCAUCAAGUUUGUCCUCAUCCCAAUGUUUGAGACUGUCAUGAAGCUUUUCCCUCAGAUUGAGGAAAUCAUGGUUCAACCUCUGAGAGACUCUCGUGACCAUUAUGAGGAGCUCAAACAGAUUGAUGAUGCCAUGACAGAGGGGUCUUCUUUUGUGAUCAAACUCAGGAAAGACUUGUGAGGGAGGCCUCGGUAAAGACCGUCCGUGCUGCGUUGUGAGGACACGGCCGAUGGGUCAGGAGCAGAAGGAGGAGAAACGAGACUGCUUGGCUACAUACUGAACUAAACGUAGAUGUCGAGGUGGCAUGUUUUGAACUUUGACUUAGACUUUUGCACUGGAUGUAACAGACCUCUGUAUGUGUAUGGUGUUUAUGUUAUUCUCUCAACUCUUUUGUUUCAUAGUGUCUCAAGAGUUCUAAACUAAAACAGUAAUUGUAUCAUUUCUUAUUCUUUUUUUUCUAGUAGAAGAAUAAAAUGCACCAAAGUGGGAUGUUUUUGGCUCACUGUAGCAAUACAUGUUUGAUUUGUCUGGUUCACUGGGUGUUUUCCAAAGAAUACAUCAGCUUUACACCUUAACUUUUUUGUUCACACACAACAAGCAGUUAAUUAAACCGUCACAUGUCUAUGGGUUGUCUCUUACCUUCAAUACUUUUCAGUAAAAUAAAGCCACAUAGGGGUAUAUGUUGUCCAAAGUGCAAACUUUUAAUAUCUCACAAUAAAUGUGAAACUGUGCUUUGUAUGUCUGUUCAUCUGUCACACACUGUGAGUCUUUAUAUGUAACAUAUUUCAGUGUCUUCAGUGUGAUUCCGUAGUAAGUCCGUCACUUCAUGUAAUAGAAAACAUUUGAAAACAGCAAAAGUUGACCAAGGUUUGCUAGAGAAAAGCUAAAAAUACACUUAAUAAUUGAAUUUAAAACCUAAUAAGAAUCUUACAAUGAUCACACAGAGUGAAGCAUUGAGUUGGAGCAUUGAAGUGAAAACAGACCUGCUGACUGUGUACUUCAAUAACCAACGAGUGAAAACAUUUGUUAAAAUACAUUAAUUAUAAUACAACUAACGGACACAAAUGAAUCCCUCAUGUGUGCUUUGUAGACCUCCACCUGACUGGAUACCUUAUUAAACAUGAAAGACAUGAGUGACCUUGGAAAUAGUAGUUUGACAAAAAAUAAAUCAUCUCAACUAUCUCUGGAGCUUUCAGCCGUAUAACACAAUCUUAAUUAGCAGAUGGAGUUUGCACGGCUGUCAAGGGCAUGUAACUGUUGCCAUGCAAGCUCAGUAACUGUUAGGAUUUCAUCCAUUGCAGUUUCCAUCCGUUUUGAAAUGCUCAAUGAUUGCUUGUCAACCGAUCCAUCACCAUUACCACUGAGUGUACUCUUGUCGCCGAUGAAGACCGUGUGAUACAAAGAUCCGGGAAAUGCUGGUUUUUGUUGUAUCACUUUUGAUUACUGACAUGCGCUGUGAGUGCGCAGAGGCCACAACACACCACAGCCAGUGCCUAUUUAGAUCACUGUGGAUUUUUCAAAAGUUUUUGAUUAUUGAAUUCAGCUCAUUAUUAACAUUCUCACUUGAAAAAAAACUACUUAUUGUUGUUUCACAUUACAACACAGACUAAUUGUUGUGCAGACAUUCCAGUUAUGCUUCUCUGCCCCAUCCUCCUGAUUUAAAUAAAUCUUUUUAUUGCCACAUUUAAGACUUGAGGGCUAGAAACGUGUUGAAAUAUGACCAGUUAUCCAGUUCUGUAACACCCGAAGGUGCCACUUAUCUCAGCAGCACGUCCCCUCUCUCCCUCAGCAGCUUCCCUUGGAGCCAUAUCAGACAUGGGUGGUUUUCCUCCAGCUACUCCACAGUGUUUUUAUUACUGUUUCUUUUGGCAAUAUGUUACCAAUAACUGCAGAGCGAUUAUUGCCUCACCUGUUGGCCUCCCUUCAAACACACACACACUGAAUACCACCCAUAGAGCUCUGAUAAAAUCCUAAUAUUAACACAGAGUAAUGCACAGUAUGAAUCACCAAAUACUUUAUUUGUGUCGCAUCCUUUUAUAUACUGUAGCUUUGUUUGUGCAUUCCAAAAUGAAGUAGGAGAAUUAGUAAAGUUUUUAUGUUAACUUGAUGAAUCGAACUAUUUAUUCACAUGUUGGUGAGUUCUUUUGAAUUACCUUGAUCGUUUGUCGUUUGUGUGCUCACUGCUGCAAUCCUACUUGUAAGUUGAUGAUCUCAAAGCAAUAAAAAAGAA